UUGAAGGGCUCCGUGCAAAAACGAGACAAGUCCACUUUUUUUCAAAAGUCACUUUUUGAUGUUAUCAUAUGUAGAUUCUUUUUCUUUACAAUUGUGUGCAACAACGAGACAUGUCCAAUGAUUAUUUACGGAGUUAUUAAGUAAAUGGACUUGUCUGGUAUAAGAUAUUAUGAGCAAGAACCAGGUAAGUCCGGACUUGUCUGGUUUUUGCGCAGAACUGUUGGCUAUACUGCAAAUUAGUAUUGAUAGUAUAUAUUUGUAGAUAUUCGUAAAAAUAUGUUACUGAUAAUAUUUUGAAUUUAGUUUCCAUUUAUAGUUGUAAAUAUUAAGACUGAUUGUAAAUAUUAAUGUUAAUGUAUAGUUUUUACUUUUAUUUAGUUGCUGUAACAGGCAGUGUUAUUUAGUUUUAUUAUAUUUUAAAAUGAACUGUGAUAAUAUAACAAAACAACUUGAAUAUGAUGAACUCUGAGUCAUCAUUUGAAUUUAAUUUUGAUGAUGACAUUCAAGAUCCAGAUUAUACAGUUUUUGAAAAUGACGAUCUCGGUGGCAUACUGUGUUUAGAUUCUGAUCCAGAUGAUCAUUUUGAGCCACUUUCAACGACACCCUUAGGAUUAAUCAAUAUUAUAUCAGAAUCCAGUGAAGAUGAUCAACCUACAUCUAUUCGUAUUGGUCUGAAGGUAUUGGAUAUAAUUCUCUGCGUGACAAAACAAUUAUUGUUCCUCCUAGAACUACAGGCCCCGACUGUCACUGUCGUCAAAAAUGUUUUACUAAUGUAUCGGAUGACCAAAAAUUAA